AUGCCCCUGGCUCGUAUUCGCCUCCGGCGUUGGCUUCUUACGGUUCUACUCACUAGUGCACUUCGAGCAAUCGACGGCCAGUGCCCGUGGGAAGGAUCCCCCGACCUUCACGCAUCCUGCGUCUGUGCUUUAAAUCUAGCAACAGACUUGUCUGUUCAAUGUGAUGAGGUGGACUUUCCAGCACUAUUGGCGGCUUUAAAUUCGAGCACUAAAAAUGUGGCAAUUGAUCUCCUUUACAUAAAUAAUUCAACGAUUCCUGUUCUCGCAAAUGAUAUGUUUGCAAAUCUAAAGAUACAUAAUCUUCAGAUAUCAACUUGUAAAAUGAAGAAGAUCGAAGACGACGCCUUCAGAGGACAAAGCGCAUAUCUCAAGAAUUUAAAUUUGCAAGAUAAUGAAUUAACAGAAGUCCCGGUCAAAGCUUUAAAGAUGCUCACAAAUCUAUCUCUAUUAGACAUAUCUAAAAAUCGUAUCACUCACAUAAACAAUCACGCAUUCAUCACACUUAGAAAACUGACGACACUAAAAAUAUCAGACAAUAAUGUAACUUUGGAAUCGCUAGCAUUGUCGGGAUUGGAAAAUUCAUUAAAAAAUUUAAAUCUUAAAGGUACGAAACAAAAAGUGGUCCCUGAAUGUAUUCGAGGUCUACGAAAUUUGGCGUUUUUAGACCUUUCUCAGAACAGUAUAAGAGAAUUACCAGGUCCUGAUGGUAAAGGAACUUUUGAAGGACUAGAUUCGUUAACAGCUUUAAAUCUGGAGAGAAAUCUUAUCGUUACAUUAAGAGAAGAUGCGUUUAUGGGGAUAAAAUCAACGUUAACUUCUUUAAGCCUAUUAAAUAAUCUACUGCCAGAAUUUCCCACUGCGGCAAUCGGUACACUUACUGAUUUGAGGGUCCUCGAUAUUGGAUUUAAUCUAUUAAAUAGACUACCCACUGAUGCAUUUUUGAAUAAUCCAUCUAUAACCCUUUUGGCUUUAGACGGAAAUCCAUUGCCAACAGUCCCUGUAGAAGCCUUCAUUCACCUUAAUCAAACUUUGCGAGGAUUAAGUUUAGGGGGCCGCUUUUUGAACUGCGACUGUAGGUUACGAUGGAUCAUUGAAUGGAUACAUAAUGGAGAGCUUCAAGUUACAUCUAGGGAAAGAAACCCUCAAUUUUGUGGUCAUCCUCCUAAUUUUCGUGAGCGAGGAUUUUACAGUUUUGAACCGAAUGAAUUAGUAUGCGAAAAUGACAAAAAUACAACAGCCGAACAAUCAACAACACACAAAUUAAUAGAUUUACUACCAAAUCCCAGCACAACAGUAUCAAGCACAACUUCUCGUGAAACAGUUAUUAGCUCUUCGACGGAAUUUUAUAGUACAACAUCUGUUACCAAUAGUCAAACAUCGUCAAAACCUAUAACCACACAACCUUCUCCAUCAACCACAGUCCGACCGGGACGUAUUCCUUCAGUACGACCAGCUUCACCAAUUUGGCGUCACGCACCGAAUCAACGUCCACCUCUAAUAAUGAAUUUUCCACAACAAAAGUCCAAAAUAGAUGAUUCAAAGGAGGUCAUAGUAAAAAACGCUUAUAGACAAGAUAACUCUGUGGUAAUACAUUGGGAUUCAGAUGUCGCAAAUAUUCUGGGCUUCCGAGUUGUAUAUCGCCUUUUUGGAGACAAAAGUUUCAAACAAGGACCUCCAUUAGAAGCCAGUGAGCGAGAAUUCAAGAUAAAGAGCGUCCCAUCUCAGGAGUGCAUCGUGGUCUGCGUGAUCUCCUUAGAGGAGGUUAACGUCAGCCCAGAGACAGUGCCGUACUCUCAAUGCAGAGAAGUGCGCACUGUGUCAGCAGCCGCCUCAAACAUGGACAAGAUUACGAUAGCAGCCAGCGCUGCUAUUUGCGGCACAAUAGUCGUCGCGGUGUUGAUCUUCGCGGCCGCAUCCCGACGGCGAUCUCGAACUGUACAUCGUUUGCACACUCAAGCUCCAGAGAAACUACCCAACUCCUGUUGCGGCGGCCUCACGGGAACCCCGAGCCCCAAUGGCCCCUUAUCUUCAUUAGCUACACUAGGUGCUUUUGGAAAGCAGCGUGAGUGGGAUCAAGUGUCGGCUUAUAGUGCACGGUCAAUUCCGCGUGCACGCACAUAUACUGAACCAGCUCAUCCAGACCCGCUGCCAGGGCGGCCUGGACGAACACGUUCACUCGCAGAUGGCCAGUCACAGCACAGCUACUCGCAGUCUGGCCGAUAUGGAGCCCCUGGAUACCCAGGAAGCUUAUUAGGAUCGAGAACUGAUCUUCGACAAUCGCGCCAGUCCCUAGGGGCCGCUUCUGAACGCGCAUCGCGAUUGUCAUUGAGCGGCGCGGCAGGAGGCGCGACGGGCGGCACUUCGGGAUCGAGAAGGCGUCCACGCUCAAGGUCGCGCCCCGCAAGCCGCUACAGCGUUGGCUCCAUUGGGAUGGGUUACUGCGAUACUUCAGAUAACUGGACCGAUCACGAUAUGGAUAUUUACAUGGCGCGAAACCCUACGACUCGGGGAGGGCUGGUGCCGUUAUAGCGUGCGAGCAGCACGGAGCGGGAAGACGAGACGUCGCGCGCGCAUUGCUCGCCAUCGCGGACAGUCAGCACGACCUUUAUCUCGUCGUGUGUACAUAAAACCCGCCCGAGGAGCCACUGGCACCAACAUUACCACCGGCACAGCCGCCGAUCUCAGCGAUCGCGACGCAGGUGCUCACGGCAGCUGGACAGAUAGUGACAACAAUGGAACCUUAGAUUAGAAUAAUUUCGUUACCGCUAACUGUCGGAUGUAUGUACUUAACGAAGACUGCUCAAACUUUUUUGUAUGAAACUAAUUGUAAAUGUGUAUUCUGUUUACUCUUUAUCGCCUUUAGGCAAAGAUUAAUUUAAGAAAUAGGAAUGAAAAGAUGUAAUUUCUGGUUGACAGUAACCACUUUUAUUUCAAUGACAUAUGGGCCACUGUAAUAGAUCACACCAUUUGAGUCAAGUUUAACCUGACCCGGAAUGAAGUGCUUUACUUAUUUUAGGUAUGUGAAUUAAGAAAAUAGAACUAACUAAAAAGAUUGUACAUAUGAGAAUGUUUUGACUUCCCUUGAAGCCUAGUCACAUUUCUCAAUCAAGAACAUUGAAUCGAAUUACUUUAUCAAUAAUUUAGGUAACAGAAAUAUGUAUUAAUAGUAAGAUUUUUAUGAAAAUAAAUAUAUUUUUGUUAAGUAGACAAUUUAGACAUUGUACAUAUUAGAUAAGAAACUAGACAUAAAGUAUGUUAAUAGUUAUUAGUUUGAAAAUUACCAAAUGCAAAAGAGGAGCAAUCCAAAUGGUGCUAUUUUCCAUAAUGUUGAGCAACAAUCCAAUCAAAUGUACAUAAGUAUGCAGUUAUAUUGUUGUAAAAGUGUUUAUUAUUUGUAUAAAAAAUAUUAC